AUGGCGCACAUCCAUGCCCUCGACCCUGAAGUCUCCAACUCGCACUACUACAACGGCCGCCGCACCGCCACCGCCGCCAACAAGUUCCCCAACACGCCCGUAUUCCAGGGCAUGAACGCGCCCUCACGGUUCGAGGGAGACGUCUUCGACCUGGAAGUCACAGGAACAAUCCCGCCCGAAAUCAACGGCACCUUCUAUCGGAUCCAGCCAGACCACCGGUUCCCACCUAUCUACGAGGACGACAUCCACUUCAAUGGCGACGGCAGCGUGACGGCAAUCCGCAUCGAGGACGGGCACGCCGACUUCAAGCAACGCUACGUGCACACGGACCGGUACUUGGCCGAGACGGCGGCACGGCAGAGCUUGUUUGGGAGGUAUCGAAACCCGUACACGGAUAAUGAGAGCGUUAACGGGGUAAUCCGGACGGUGUCAAAUACUAAUAUUACCUUUUGGCGGGGCAUGCUGCUGGCGAGCAAGGAGGAUGGGCCCCCUUAUGCCAUGGACCCUGUGACGCUGGAGACGAUUGGACGGUACGAUUUUGAGGGGCAGAUCAAGGCACCCACGUUCACGGCGCAUCCCAAGUUUGAUCCGGAUACGGGUGAGAUGCUAUGUUUUGCUUACGAAGCUGGAGGGAACGGCUCAGACUGCUCGCUUGAUGUCGUCUACUGGACGCUGAAUGCGGGCGGCAAGAAGACGGAGGAGGUGUGGUUUCAGGCGCCGUUCGCUGGCAUGAUGCACGACUGUGGAGUUUCUAAGAACUACAUGGUGCUUCCCCUGACGCCGCUCAAGAUGUCGUUGGACCGGCUCAAAAGGGGCGGAAACAAGUUCGCGUGGGAUCCAAACGAGGAUCAGUGGUUCGCGAUUGUGCCGCGCCGGGGCGCCAAAACCAAAGAUGUGAUUUGGCUUCGGGCUGAUAAUGGCUUCCACGGCCACAUAGCCGGUUGCUAUGAAAACGACGACGGUGCUAUCGUCUUCGACCUCACCGUAGCCGACGGUAACGUCUUCUUCUUCUUCCCGCCUGAGGAAACAGUGGCCGAUCCCCACGCGACUAAGCGCAAUCGGCUCAGCAGCCCGACGUGCCGCUGGAUCUUCGACCCAAAAGUCCCGUCUGGAACACGGGUCAGUCCGGCCUUGGUUUGGUCAACCAACGGCGAAUUCUCCCGUAUUGAUGACCGCUUCGUCACCAAGAAGUACAAACAUUUCUGGCAGGCCAAGAUCGACCCCACGCGGCCGUACGACUUCGCUAAGUGCGGGCCUCCAGCGGGCGGGUUAUUUAAUUGCAUGGGCCAUUACCAAUGGGACCCCAACGAGGAGAGGAAAGCGGGCGAAGAGGACGUCUAUUUUGCCGGACCAACGGCGACUUUCCAGGAGCCUAGUUUUAUCCCCAAGAAUGGCGGUGCCGAGGGAGAGGGGUAUCUGAUCGCUCUCCUGAACCACUUGGAUGUGCUCCGAAACGAUGUUGUGGUUUUUGACGCUCAUAACCUCGCUGCUGGUCCCGUGGCCACGCUACAUCUGCCACUGAAGUUGAAGCUAGGGUUUCAUGGUAAUUUUGUCGACCACAAGGACAUUGAGGCGUGGCAAUUGCGGAGACAAGGCGAUUUAGGUCCUGUACAGGUUGCGAGGGAGCCGCUGCUGUGGCAACAGUCAUUUAUAUGA